CGCAGGAGGGAAAAAUUAAAUUGAAGUUUGACGAGUCUCUUUGAAGUUUGCAUAAAGUAAGCGACUGCCUAUAAACAGUCUCUUACGUUGCGCUGAUUUGGUCCAGGGGGUUUUAAUGGAAGCUUGUCAAAUCGUUAUCUAUCCCCGACUUAUUUAUUUAUUUUAAAAUAUGCUUCUCAGGAGCCUCACUCUCACCCCGAUCUCUUCCAGAAUGUUAUCAAUCGACGCAUCACUGACCCUCGUGAUGUGCAUGAACUCUGGUUUUAAAUCAGGGACACUGCAGUGAGUUUGACCCGAUUUAAAAAUGCAGUGAGCAAGAGGAGAAGAAGGGAGCAUCUUAUCACCAGUGCAGAGAGAGAGAGAGGGAGAAAGGGAGGGAGGAAGAGUCCCACCGUGUUUCGGAGGCAGAAGAGUCCAGACCGGCGGCUUCAGAGGAGACACGGACCCACUAUGUCCCGGUUAUGUCCUUACCUGGUUCAGGGUGGAAUCACUGAAGAAGAUGCAGAUGAGUUUAAUUUGCUCGUAGAGGAUUGAUGGCCCUGUAUUAUGGCCAAGUGGACAUGAUUCUACAUUCAGCACCUCUGGCACGAUGUCGAAUAUGAUUUACCUGACUGUCGUAAGCAUUUUAUAUUUACCUUUUUUACUGUUCGAGGCAUUCGGUUUGUCCAGAGGAAAGUAUGAGAGGUCGGUGGUGCCAAGUUCUGCCUCUCGCCUGGUGGCGAGGAUGGACGGGGAUAUUAUAAUUGGAGCCCUUUUUUCUGUUCACCACCAACCAUCAGCUGAGAAGGUGGCGGAGAGGAAAUGUGGAGAGGUCCGCGAGCAGUACGGCAUCCAAAGGGUGGAGGCCAUGUUCCACACUUUGGAUCGGAUUAACUCGGACCCAAAUCUGUUACCCAACAUUACCCUUGGAUGUGAGAUCAGAGACUCCUGCUGGCAUUCCUCGGUGGCUCUGGAGCAGAGCAUCGAAUUCAUACGAGACUCUCUCAUCUCCAUCCGGGAUGAGAGCGACGGCUCCAGGUGGUGCAUUGAAGGGGCGCCUUCCAGUCAGCCACCACCGACCAAGAAGCCCAUCGUUGGAGUCAUUGGGCCGGGCUCCAGUUCUGUUGCCAUUCAGGUGCAAAACCUUCUGCAGCUAUUCAACAUCCCGCAGAUCGCUUAUUCUGCAACUAGUAUUGACCUCAGUGACAAGACACUGUUCAAGUACUUCCUCAGGGUUGUACCCUCAGAUACUCUUCAAGCCAGAGCCCUGGUGGACAUUGUCAAACGAUACAACUGGACCUAUGUGUCAGCCGUUCACACAGAGGGUAACUAUGGGGAGAGUGGGAUGGAAGUAUUCAAAGAGCUUGCCUCGCAGGAAGGCCUUUGCGUCGCCCAUUCUGACAAGAUUUACAGCAAUGCUGGGGAGAAGCACUUCGACAGGCUGCUGAGAAAGCUGCGGGAGCGUCUGCCUAAAGCCAGAGUUGUUGUCUGCUUCUGUGAAGGCAUGACAGUCCGAGGGCUUCUCAUGGCUAUGAGACGGCUCGGAGUAGCCGGAGAGUUCCUCCUAAUUGGCAGUGAUGGAUGGGCAGACCGAGUCGAGGUGGUGGAGGGGUACGAACAGGAGGCUGUGGGAGGCAUCACCGUGAAGCUGCACUCUGAAGAGGUCUCCUCAUUUGACGACUACUUCCUGAGGCUCAAGCUCAGCACCAACACCCGCAACCCAUGGUUUCCAGAGUUCUGGCAGUACCGGUUUCAGUGCCGCCUUCCCGGACACCCGCAAGAGAACUUGAAUUAUGCACGGAACUGCUCAGAGGAUGAUGAUCUAGAACUCCAAGAUGGUUAUGAAAGUCUGGAGGACAACUACGUGCAAGACAGCAAGAUGGGCUUCGUCAUCAAUGCCAUCAAUGCGAUGGCCCACGGGCUGCACGAUAUGCACUCUCACCUUUGUCCCGGCCACGUGGGGCUCUGUGAUGCCAUGAAGCCUGUUGAUGGAAGCCACUUACUGGAAUUCCUUCUGAAGACAUCCUUCACAGGCGUGUCCGGGGAGGACAUAUGGUUCGAUGAGAACGGCGAUUCUCCUGGAAGGUAUGAGAUCAUGAACUUUCAGCAUGUGGAGACCAGUGUUUAUGAUUACAUCAACAUCGGCUCCUGGCACGAGGGCAUGCUGAGUAUCGAUGAUGACAUGAUCCAGAUGAACCGCAGUGAGAUGGUCCGCUCUGUCUGCAGUGAGCCCUGCUCCAAAGGAGAAAUCAAGGUGAUAAGGAAGGGAGAGGUGAGCUGCUGCUGGAUCUGCACUGCCUGCAAAGACAAUGAGUACGUCCAGGAUGAGUUCACGUGCAAGGCCUGUGACCUGGGCUGGUGGCCUGACAAAGAACUGGAAGGCUGUGAGCCGAUCACUCUACGCUAUCUGGAGUGGAGAAAUCCAGAGUCCAUUAUCCAAGUGGUCUUCUCCUGUCUGGGCAUCCUGGUAACAUCAUUUGUUACCUUCAUCUUUGUCUUAUACCGCGACACACCAGUGGUCAAAUCCUCCAGCCGGGAGCUCUGUUACAUCAUCCUUGCAGGGAUCUUCCUGGGCUAUCUGUGCCCUUUCACUCUCAUCGCUCGACCCACCGUGGCCUCUUGCUACCUCCAGAGACUCCUCGUCGGACUCUCAGCUGCCAUGUGCUACUCAGCCCUGGUAACCAAAACCAAUCGCAUCGCUCGCAUCCUGGCGGGCAGCAAGAAGAAGAUUUGCACGAGGAAGCCGAGGUUCAUGAGCGCUUGGGCUCAGGUGGUCAUCGCCUUCAUCCUGAUAAGUGUCCAGCUCACACUGGAAAUUACCCUCAUCGUCAUGGAGCCUCCUGAACCCGUCAAAUCUUACCCCAGCAUCAGAGAAGUCUUCCUGAUCUGCAACACCAGUAACCUUGGUGUUGUAGCUCCACUGGGCUACAACGGCCUGCUGAUCAUGAGCUGUACCUAUUACGCCUUUAAGACCCGCAACGUCCCUGCAAAUUUCAAUGAGGCCAAAUAUAUUGCCUUCACCAUGUACACCACAUGUAUAAUCUGGCUGGCGUUUGUGCCAAUCUACUUUGGCAGCAACUACAAAAUCAUCACUACGUCCUUUUCUGUGAGCCUCAGCGUGACUGUAGCUUUGGGGUGCAUGUUCACUCCAAAGAUGUACAUCAUUAUCGCCAAACCUGAGAGGAACGUGCGCAGCGCAUUCACCACCUCCGAUGCGGUGCGCAUGCAUGUCGGCGACGGUAAAAUUGCUUGCCGAAGCAACAGCCUGUUGAACAUGUUCAAGAGGAAAAAGAACACUGGAAAUGGCAGUUCUAAUGGAAAGUCUGUGUCAUGGUCUGAACCAGGUGCAAGACAUCCUCCAAAAGGGGAUCACAUGUGGCACAGACUGUCAGUGCAUGUGAAGAGACAGGAAGCAGGUUCCAAUCAGAUGGCUGUCAUCAAACCCUUAACUAAUACCUACCAUAACACGGGCCUGGAAUUCUCAGACCUCAGCACUAAGACUUUGUACAAUGUGGCUGAGGAGGAUGAGAGUGACCCUGUCCAUUAUAACUCCCCUGACACUCCCCCUAUGGUGGCCCACGGGCAAAUGCCUGCCAGUGGGCUGAAAAAAGAUGUGCACGAGGAAGUGGAGCUCUAUUCCCCCGAGCCUUUGCAGCAAAAUAGCAUUAUCCCCCCCAAACAUGUUGUGAUGGACCGCCUGCAAGAGGAGGGGGUGGUGAGCAAGUUCAACAGUGACAUGCCUGAGAUCCGUGAUAUGAUAAGCAUGCCUGAGGCUGUCAGUGGUGGGAUGCCAGUGUACCAUCAGGCUCACCUCAUCCAGCAGGAGCCUGUCCUGCCUGUGCAGCUCGACCCAUUUGAUGAGGAACCUGUCUUCCCUUUAGAGGAGGAAGAAGAGGAGGAAAUGAAUGAGCAGUUUGGCCUUCUCCACGGCUACAUGUACAACAACUCCCAGAUUCAUGACGAGGAGGACUUUGUUGAGGUCAAAUUAGCAACAGAGGACUCUCUGGCUCUGAUGCCCCCCUCGCCUUUCCGUGAUUGCACCGGUGCUCUAGUAAGCCCCUUUCCCAACUCGCCAGUGUCCGAGUCGAUUUUGUGCACACCUCCCAAUGUCACAUACGCCUCCGUCAUCCUCAGAGACUACAAGCAAAGCUCCUCAACUCUGUGAGGGCACGCCCUAAAUGUUGACGCUUGUACUAUAAGUUUUUAUGUGUUGUAUAUGAUUUUACAUAAGGAAAAAGUGAUCCCGUGGUCUGUCAAGUCAUUUUUCACUCCUAAUAGCUUUUAAAUGAUAAGGGUGAGACAUACUGUAAAUUUCUAAUAUAAGCUUUUAGAGACAAAAAUAACUGUAUAUAUAUAUAUUUAUGAAAUAUUGUUUGAUAAAUGUAGAUUAGGUAUCAAUCUGAUUAGUUUUUGGACUUUAAAGGUAACUUAAUGAGCAUAGCUAAUAUAAAAUUAUUCACUUUAAUAAUAAGGAAAUUUGUUUUGUGUGACACAUUGCGUGUCAUGACCUUUGUCGGGCAAAUGUAGAGGUUUAAAGCAAGAGUUGUUCUUUUAAAAAAACUCCCUCAUUGACUUUCUUGGCGAGGAAUAGAAAACUAGGUCAAUGUCACUCUCGUAUAUGUUUCUAGCUGCUCAUAGUAGCUUCGUAUCUAGUAUACGGACAUAAAAGUGGCAUCCAGCUUCACAGCUAAGAAGAGUUACACCCCCAGAACUAUAAAACUAUCUACUUAAGCUUGAAGUGCAGGGUAAAAUGUUAAUAAAUGCCAACUUUAUUGUGAAAAAAGAUAUUAUAUUGUGAAUCUCUGAUGGAUACAGUACUGCCAAACAAUUGCACUGUACCUUGAAUGUAGCAGAGGACAAGUUCAAGUGCCACGUUUGUUUUUCUUUUGUACAUUUAUCUUAUUUAUAUGGUCUUGAGAGGCAAUUUGAACCAGUUUUAAACUUGUAUGUUUUAUAAAUAGACAUCCGCUUUCAGAACUCUAUAUUAUUGUAUUGUGAAUGUAUGAAUUGUGUAUCUUAUUUUGGUAUUCUAUAUGAAUUGUUAGUAUUAAAGAAGAGAGUAGCUGUUUAUGCUUAUAUUGUGUGUGAUUGGUUGUGUACAACAAUCCAUUUCCUAAAUAUUUAGACUUUAACUUCCUAUCAAAAUUGUAUAGUGUAAUAAAGUGAUACUAUUUGCAUUAGUUAUACAUCGAUAUAAGCUAUAUGAAGUUCAGUGUAAAAUAUAUCUACAGUUUUGAAAUGGUAGUUGCUGUAGACGACAAUUUUGAAGGGCACUUGUUUGAUUUGAGUACAUUAAAUAUUUUUUAUGCUUUUGUCUUUCAUGUUUUUCAAGUUGAAACAUUAGGUGGCUCUGUGCUCUUGGCGUGGUUGCUAGUGAUUUAUAAAUCAAAGGUCAGCUUUUUAUUGCUCUGGUUUGAAGGAAGAAUUUCAAAACAGGGACACCGUAGGAAGUAGUGACACAGGGAAUAAC